GAUGUCCGUUACUUCCAGGCAGCGCGCGUACGCCACUGGAGGGAAGCGUGGAGAGGUCGGGCGCGCGGGGUAAUCUCGGUUGUGAGGUAACGCCGGGCGCGAGGCGGUUAUCUGUUCCUUUUCGACAACGGAAGGUGCAAGCGCCGUUGUAACUACCCCGAGCUCAGCGAGAGAGAGAGAAAAAAAAAGAAGAAUCCUGCUUCCGCCUUAGGUCGCCUCUGAGAGAAACGACCGCAGCGUCAGGUUCGAUUAUCUUCUAGGCCGCUGUGGGCGGGGUUUAUACGGAUUUGGCCGGCCCACUCGGGCCCCGCGCAUUUUCAGGAUGUCGGCACAGGCUCAGAUGCGCGCGAUGCUGGACCAACUCAUGGGCACUUCCCGUGACGGUUCAAUGUAUCUAUGCCUGCCAACUUCAUUCUGCAAGGGAGUGUCAGAAAGGCCCCGCAUUCGCCGAGCCGUGAUACUACACGUCAGCGAAUUAAAUUCAGUGAUGACAGAGUGUGCAAAAGUCAUCUUCUCAACUGUUGUCCUCAUGAUGUCCUUUCAGGAACAAGGAUGGAUCUAGGAGAGUGUCUGAAGGUGCAUGAUUUGGCGUUAAGAGCAGAUUAUGAAAUUGCAUCAAAAGAGCAAGACUUUUUCUUUGAACUUGAUGCAAUGGAUCACCUGCAAUCAUUCAUUGCUGACUGUGAUAGGAGAACUGAAGUGGCAAAGAAAAGACUGGCUGAAACUCAAGAAGAGAUCAGUGCUGAAGUGGCAGCCAAAGCUGAACGAGUCCAUGAAUUAAAUGAGGAAAUUGGAAAACUGCUUGCUAAAGUUGAACAACUUGGAGCUGAUGGAAAUGUGGAAGAGUCUCAGAAAGUAAUGGAUGAAGUAGAGAAAGCAAGGGCAAAGAAAAGAGAAGCAGAGGAAGUGUACCGGAAUUCCAUGCCUGCUUCCAGUUUCCAGCAGCAAAAGCUACGGGUCUGUGAAGUAUGCUCAGCCUAUCUUGGCCUACAUGACAAUGACAGGCGGCUUGCUGAUCAUUUUGGAGGAAAGCUGCACUUGGGUUUUAUUGAAAUAAGAGAAAAGCUUGAAGAACUAAGGAGAAUUGUGGCUGACAAACAGGAGAAACGAAAUCAGGAACGUUUAAAGCGGAGAGAAGAAAGGGAGAAAGAAGAAAGAGAGAAGUUAAGAAGAUCUCGUUCUCAUAGCAAGAACCCCAAAAGAUCUAGAUCCCGAGAUCGCCGUAGACAUCGAUCUCGGUCAUCCUCCCGCGAACGAAAGAAAAGAACCCGUUCCAGGUCCCGUGAAAAGCGACAUCGUCAUAGGUCUCGUUCUAAUAGUCGCAGCCGGAGUCGCAGUCACCAUAGGAGCAGUCACAGCUCCAGAGACAGAAGCAGAGAACCCAAUUCCAAAAAAAGAUCAUCAAAAGAAAGAGCUUCCAGAGAUCAAGAACGAACCAGAGAUCAUAACAGAACAUCACGUGACAAAGAAAGUUGCCCCAGAGAAAAAUCUCCAAGAGAUCGAAACUGCAAAGAAAGGAAGCGAUCUUAUGAAAGUGCAAAUGGUCGAUCAGAAGACAGGAGAAGCUCAGAGGAACGUGAAGCAGGAGAGAUAUAACUGGCUGUACAUUCACUUGAUCCUUUACCUUCCUAUGAAGUUGCAUACUGUGGUUUAGUUUACAGUUAUUAAAAGGGACACCAGUGAGCAAUUCCAAUGUUUAUCCAUCUAGGAUAGAUGUACAGUGUAUAAACAUGGUUAUAAUGAAGUCUGAAUUGAUCCGUUUCCAUUGAUAAUUCAAUUGAUAAGUGAAGCAGUUUCCUUUUUCCUUCUCCUCCAGUAAACUUGUAAGACAUAUUUUCAAAGAUCUAUCUUCAAGAUAGCAGGUUUAUAUACCAACAUAAUAGAUUUAAAUGUUUUCUUCUCCAAUACAGGUUAUAGUAAACAAAACUAUAGUGUGCUUUUUGCUUUGGAUGCUUUCAGACCUUUAUAAGCUCUUCUAGUUUUAUUCUGUCAAACAGCAGCACUGAAUCAUUUUUAAAGAGGUUGAGUGGGUUCCAGGCUUUUGUUACCACUAGAAGAUUGAGUUCUCAGUUCCUUCUUGAGAACUGAACAUGUUUGGCAAUGCUUAGGUUGGGGACAUGUGCUGAAGAAAAUGACAACUUUUAAAUUUUAUUUUUACAGUGCCUAUUUAGACUUGGAAGUCAAACAGCUGUUGCAUUUCAUCUUUU